AUGGGUAUAUAUUGUGAUUGUUUUAGAGAAAAUGCUGAUUAUGGUGGUGCUGAGGAUAGUGGUGAUGAAAAAGAAAGAAGAGAAAGGGAAGAACAAUUAGAAAAGGCUCAGAGAAUGAGUAUUAUUAAAAAGCAAUUAAAGCUUAGAAAAGGGAAAAAUAGCAGUGAUACUUCGGAAGAAACAGAAUUUGAAGCACCAUCUUUAGAUUGUCCAUUAAGAGAUUGUGCUAGUCAAAAAAUACCCAAAUUAACUGUUAAGACAAGAGAACAUUGUUUUUCUAUGUUAGAAAAGGGUCUAUACCAAAACUUUAUUACCUAUUAUGAAGAAGAUUCUGAUAAAUUACGCUCCAGGGAUUACGAACCACGGUGUUGUGCCUUAGAUUUAGAACAUAAGAUAUUUAAAUCCAACAAAAUUGCUGUUAUGUAUAAAUCCUCAGUGAUGAAAACUGUUUCAGAAAUACGUAGAUUGACACGAGAAAAAGAAUUACAUACCUCUAUAUUUGGAGAGUCUGCAACUCCUACAGACAAUAAUGAAGAUUGUUUGCAUGAUAGUUCUAAUGAUUCUGGAAUGAUUUCUGUGGACUCUGCGUUUGUGACGGCGUCAUCAUUGUUAUCCAAGGAAUCUAAACCUAGCACAUCCAUGUCUGGAUUUGUAAAAGCAUCUUCUCUAGUCAAAACAAAUUCCACUAGUGAUAUGAGCAAAAAUACAACGAAAAGUAGCAAUUCACCAUCGAAACAAAAACAUUCAAUAUCUAGAAGUUCUAGUAAAACAAGCACAUCGGAAUGUAAACAAAGCUCAAAAUCAGAUUCAGUUGAAAGCUCAAAAUUAGACUCUAAAUCAGUGUCAAAGUCAAAUUCUAGUUCAAGCUCGAAAUCGAAGUCAGUUUCAAAGUCAGAAGCUAGACCAAGCUCAAAAUCUUCUCCAAAGACAAUACCACCUCAAAUAGUGUAUUUUUUUGAGAAAUUGCCUAAAAGUGAUGAGUAUAGUGACAGUGCUAACAGUAGUACAUAUGAUACAGAAACUGAAAGUGACAGUGAUAGUGAUAUGAAAACUAAGACAUCAUCAGACAGUGAAUCCAAACCUAAAAGUAAUUUGUCCACAGCAAAGUCCAUUCAAAAAUCUAAAAUGUCUGUGUCUUUUGGUGAAAAUUCAGAAAAAUUAUUCACUGAUGAUUCAAGAAAAAGGACACAUUCAGAGAGUUCUUCACCAUCAAAAUCUCCAGACAAGAAAAAAUCAAGAAAAAGCAGCCCACCUCCUAUUGGUAAAUCUAAUAGUUCAAGAGACCACAAACAUUCUUCAUCAUCAUCUUCCAGACAUAGGUCUCACAAAUCUAAACAUUCUAAACCAUUUAAAGUACCAUUUAAAACAAAGAGUCCUGUUUUACCAGAAAUUCCACCAUGUAAAGUUAUAGAUACUAAAGGUGCUGCUGGGCUAGUAGUUAGAUAUUUAACUCCAUAUUAUCAAAAAGGAAGAUUUGCUUCAAAGGGAUUAUUUAAAGCUGCUGCUAAGAUUAUUACAGAAGAGUUAACACAAUCUAUAAGAGGCUUACCUACAACAGGUAAAGAAGAAGCUAAGAGAAUAGUUUCUCAGUUUAUUGGUGAACAUGAUAAAAUAUCAACUCUACAAGAUUUAAAUACUUGGGUUAAAAAAUAA